UUUUAUUAUCGUCCUCCGACUGAUGCAGUCAGCUGUUUUUGUUUUCAUUGUUUGAUUAGAUUUUAUUUUUAUAUUUAAUGUAAAUUUGUCGUACGUGAACAUGACAGUUGAAAAGAAACAAAACACGAGCAGCCUUGAACAUUUGUACAAUGACUUCGAUCAAUGGAUUAGUGAUUACAAUGACAUUCACAACAUUCAAAGCGCUCUACAAAAACACAGACAAAAAGAGAACACGCAAUGUACUACGAUUGUGGAAAACAAACGUCUGCAAAUCAUCCUAAAUAAUGAUAUCGCGUUAAUAUUGUAUAGAACCAAGAACAGAAAUCAUAUUAAUACAGACGGCUUAUUUAACGGUCGCUCAUCUAGGAGUGGCUUGAGUGAUUUUCGUCUUAAAUAUAUCAAUUCGAAAUUGUGGUGUUAUGUUUUCUUUUAA